AUGUCUUCUCCGAAUCUCCACGUUGCAGUAAUUGGAGCAGGCGCCACCGGCCUCCUCCUCGCCCAAGGACUGAAAAAGGCCAACGUCCGAGUCUCCGUCUUCGAGACCCUCCCCAGACAAACCUACGAGGACAACCCGCGAACGUGGACGAUGGCCCUGCACUGGUCCCGCCGCAACGUCGAGCAGUGCCUCCCGCCCGAGCUCUUCGCCGCUCUGAGCAGCGCGCACACGAACCCCUGGCACGAGCCCUCGCACGACGAGGCCCAGAGCCUGCCGGUCGUGGACGGCAAGACGGGCGAGGUGCUGGUUGCGGCGAAGGUGGACGACGGCAGACGGGUCGUGCGCAGGAAGCUGAGGGAUCUGUUCCGGCGCGGGAUCGAUGUGAGGUUUGGGUAUAAGCUGGCGGGGAUUGAUACGAGUGGAGAGGGGGUCACGGCUACUUUUGAGAAUGGCGAGGUGGUGCGUGCGGAUGUUCUUGUUGGGGCCGAUGGUGCGAAGAGUGUUGUGCGAGACCACCUCGUGGAUGGUGAUGCCAAAGAGCUGGAUCGGGUCCCGUUGAUUUCUACGAACAUCGGGUGUCGGUACACGGCGGAGCAAGCUCGAUUUCUCAGGAGCAAGAUUCACCCGAUUGCCAAUAUGGCUGUUCAUCCGGACCAAGACACGCUGUUCUUCCUCGCUGUGGCCGAUGUUCCUGAUCCUGAGGACCCGGAAACCUGGGAGUUCCAGGUCGCCCUUUCUCUGUGGAGCACCGAAGACCCUCCGGAGACAAACGAGGACAGGAUGAAGUAUUUCAAGAAGCUCGCGGAGCCGUACUGCGAGCCUUACCGGUCUGCUGCACUCUGGGUGCCGGACAACACAUACAUUCCACGUGACAAGUACGCAGAGUGGAAGAGAAUCGCGCCGUGGAAAAACUUUGACGGGCGCGUCACGGUUGCUGGCGACGCCGCGCACCCUAUGUGUCCUUUCCGUGGCCAGGGCUUGAACAAUGCACUGCAGGACGCCGGAAACCUGGUCAAGGCCAUCACGGCGGUCCAGGAGGGCCGGCAGACUCUUGCGGCGGCGAUCGACGAGUACGAUGCGGAGGUGUACCAGCGAGGCAAGCGGGAGAUUGAGAUCUCGGAGGAGUCAAUGUUUGGACUCCACCACUACAGCGCGAUCAAAGGAUCUCCCAUUGACCGCAUGGGGUUAAAGGAGCAGAAGGCCUAG